GAUUUAAAACUCGUACGCAACGGUUUAUCCGGAAGAACUAUAAGGAUAUUUAAACAAAAAAAAACUAUUCGCACAUAAAUUUCCUUGUAAAAAAUGAAGUAUUCGGUUAGUGUUCCUUUAGUAAAUUCGUUACUGAUAUUAAUUUCGAUAACAGCUAGUGUUUGUGGUCAACAGAAAUUUUACUCCAUUCACGAUUUCCCACCUUUAUACAAAUUCGAUGAUUAUGAUUCAUGUCUGGAGCAAAAAUACCACAAUACUCCGCCCACCUAUUGUAUGGUCUAUGCUGAAAUCAAACCAAAUAACUCUUCAGAUAUGUGGCAAGAAAUGAUGCAACAUUAUGGUGAAUAUCCAUUUCGCUAUAGACGUGAUCAUCUAUUUUUUGGUGUUUGUAUGGAACGAUGUUUAAAGUUUGCCAAAACUAAGGAAAUUUAUAAAUUAAAUGAAGAUGAUUUAAUUAAAAAUGAGAUAACGGAUUAUUUCGGUCACGUACAUAAAAGGCCCUUAGAUGAGCAAUUUCGUAAGGAAUAUCAUGAUUUAAUACACAAUUGUUUGAAUCAUGAAUUUCAACAGAAAUAUGAUCUAAAUUUAAGAACCUAUAUAGAAUAUUGUGAAGGACCUAAGGAUGUUAACCAAGAAGAAACUAAGGAUCCCUUAGAAAGUUUAUUAUAUAAAAUACUGGGUGUUAUUAUUAUACUAAAUAUUCUAUCAACUCUAUAUGACUUUUGUCUGAAAUUGCAGCAACCGGAAGAAAAUCAAACUAAUGAUUUCUAUAAAAUUAAUCCCCAACAAAAAGUUUCUAGAUUAUUAACAUCAUUUUCAGUGUGUCGCAAUUACUAUCGUCUAGUUCAACCUUAUUUCAGUGAUGUUGGUAAAGAUUUUCAAUUUCUAGAUGGUUAUCGUUCGAUCUGUAUGAUGUUUGCCCUUUUUGGUCAUACAUUUUUCUGUGAAUAUCAACACAUAGCAAAUCCACAAUAUUUCGAGAAGAGUUCCAAAGAUGAGAAUAAUUUGUGGGUUUUAAAUACGACCAUGAUCAUCGAAACAUAUUUUGUUAUGAGUGGCUUGUUGUUGUUUAUUAAAUUCCAGCAAGGACGUUAUGUCAGUCCGCAGACAAGUUGGAAGAAGUUUUUCUUUAUCUAUGUACAAUUUAUGGUAUUUCGUUUUAUAAGAUUUUUACCUUCAGUGGGCUUACUUGUACUAGUCAAUGCCACUAUUCUCACCCGUCUACAAAAUGGUCCCUUUUGGCGUCAUAUUACAGAACCAGUUCGUGUUUUUAGCCGCGAAAGAGGCUGGAGAAAUUUAUUAAUGAUUAAUAAUUUCUCGCAUAAAGAAAGUGCUAGUCAUCAUACUUGGUAUAUAGCCGCUGAUUGGCAGUUAUUUGCCUUAUAUUUAUUUAUUAUUAUGAUUGUAGCCAAAUAUCCAAAAAUAAAAAAGCAUAUAUUUUCGACAUUGGCAAUUUUGUCAUUUGUGAUACCCUUCUCCAUUAGCUAUUUGCUAAAGUUAAAACCCUGUUUUAUAAUAAAACCAGAAUCCUAUCGCUAUUCUUUUUUUAAAGAUAUCGAUGUAUAUUUUAAUAUUUAUACCCCUUUCUAUACGAAUUUAUUCGGUUAUUUGUUUGGCAUAAUAUGUGCCGAAAUUUAUUUAAAAUAUACACGCACUGAAGAGAUACGUAAAACUAUACGUGAAAAACCUAUAUAUACAGUUGCUACCCAUUUUGUGGCUAUUGUGGCAUUUUUAUUAUUUUGGUUAGGUCCCAUAUUAGAGGUAAGAGCGACGCCAUCUAUAUGGUCAGCAUUAUAUGCCGGGCUGCAUCGUAUUUUGUGGAUUAUGUUUGUGUGUGGUUUACCUUUGGUAAUGAUGAGCUGUAAUUGUGGUUGGAUCGCUUAUGAAUUUUGUUGUCUUCCCAUAUUCCGGAUUUUAGCCAGAUUAUCAUUUCAAGUAUAUAUUUGGCACAUGACCAUUGUAUAUCUGAUAAAUGGUUAUCAACGUCAACCCUAUUAUGUUGAUAACUUGUAUUUUUUUACACAAUUUGUUAUAUUAUAUUGUUUCUCAAAUGCUGUGGCGUUCAUAAUAGCUUUAUUUGUAGAGUAUCCCAUAGCUCAAAGUGUACAAGUAUUACAAUCGAAAAGUAGCGACAAAUCGGUUAAGAAGUCCUAAGAAAGAAUUUGUAUUAUAUUUUUAAGGCAUUUGUUUUUGUUAAAUAUUUCUUGGUUUUUAUUUUUAAGAGAGAUACAAUAAAAUAUUGAAAUGUACAUA